AUGUCGGAGAUUGUCGACACCGAGCUGCUGGUCAACUGCACCAUUCUCGCCGUCCGGCGGUUCGAGCUGAAUAGCAUUGUGAACACCACGCUCCUGGGCAGUCUCAACAGAACCGAGGUGGUCAGCCUCUUGUCGAGCAUUAUCGACAAUCGGGAUAAUCUCGAGAGCAUCAACGAGGCCAAAGACUUUCUGACCGAGUGUCUGUUUCCAUCGCCGACAAGACCGUACGAGUUGCCAUGGGAGCAGAAAACGAUUUGGGCCAUCAUUUUCGGUCUGAUGAUGUUUGUGGCCAUUGCAGGCAAUGGUAUUGUUCUCUGGAUCGUUACAGGACAUCGCAGCAUGAGGACGGUCACAAAUUACUUCCUGCUGAACCUGAGCAUCGCCGACCUGCUGAUGUCGUCGCUGAACUGCGUCUUCAACUUUAUAUUCAUGCUGAACUCAGAUUGGCCAUUCGGUUCGAUUUAUUGCACAAUCAACAAUUUCGUGGCCAACGUCACGGUCUCCACGUCGGUCUUCACGCUCGUGGCUAUAAGUUUCGAUAGAUACAUCGCCAUUGUGCAUCCGCUGAAGCGCCGCACGUCGCGUCGGAAGGUGCGCAUCAUCCUGGUCCUGAUCUGGGCACUCAGCUGUGUGCUGUCGGCGCCAUGUCUGCUCUACUCCAGCAUCAUGACCAAGCACUAUUACAAUGGAAAAUCGAGGACAGUCUGCUUCAUGAUGUGGCCAGAUGGACGAUAUCCCACUUCAAUGGCGGACUAUGCAUACAACCUGAUCAUCCUAGUUCUGACCUACGGCAUUCCCAUGAUUGUGAUGCUCAUCUGCUACUCCCUCAUGGGUCGCGUCCUAUGGGGCAGUAGAUCGAUCGGCGAGAACACGGAUCGCCAGAUGGAGUCGAUGAAGUCGAAGCGGAAGGUGGUGCGCAUGUUCAUCGCCAUCGUGUCCAUCUUUGCCAUUUGCUGGCUGCCGUAUCACCUGUUCUUCAUCUACGCCUACCACAACAACCAGGUGGCAUCCACGAAGUACGUGCAGCACAUGUAUCUCGGUUUCUACUGGCUGGCCAUGUCCAAUGCCAUGGUCAAUCCGCUCAUUUACUACUGGAUGAAUAAGAGGUUCCGGAUGUACUUCCAGCGGAUCAUCUGCUGCUGUUGCGUGGGCCUCACCCGCCAUCGAUUCGACUCGCCGAAGAGCCGGCUGACGAACAAGAACAGCUCACACCGGCACACAAGAGGUGGGUACACCGUCGCCCACUCGCUCCCCAACUCCUCCCCCCCUACCACCCAAACUAUUUUGGCCGUCCUGGCCCAGACUCAGCCUAUGCCUCAGACCCAGUUGCUCUUGUCCCACCACUCACCACAUCCCACGCAACCUUCCGCAGCGGAGACCAAGAGUCAGUGGAAGCGCAGCACGAUGGAGACGCAGAUCCAGCAGGCGCCGGUCACCAGCUCUUGCCGGGAGCAGCGGAGUGCACAGCAGCAGCAGCCGCCCGGAAGUGAAACCAAUCGGGCAGCCGUCGAGUGCAUCAUGGAACGGCCGGCGGAUGGGUCCAGUUCGCCGCUGUGCCUUUCGAUCAACAACAGUAUCGGCGAGCGGCAGCGCGUGAAAAUCAAAUACAUCUCCUGUGACGAGGACAAUAAUCCCGUGGAGCUCAGUCCCAAGCAGCUGUGAUGUUAUCCCGAUUUGUCCUGACACUGAAACGGAUUGUGAAUCCUCCUGGCCUUCGCCUCGUUUCGCUGCGGGGGAAAUGCAAUUUGCCACUGCUGGCUCUACUCUAUACAUAUACUCACAUUCACAAAGAGAUGAAACAUGUUUGCAUAGCAGGGUGGGUCGAUUUUAAGUGGGAACUUUAAGUACUGAAUAUUAACUAUUAAAUCGUUAGCCUCUGUUAUGUAAAGUAGUUUCGUUCCCAAUGAAUUAUUAUUCCCCCCUCUGUCCGCUAUAUAAAUUUCUUAUUUCACUUAAAGUUCUAUUGCACUUCUGCAAGUCGAGUCACCCUAAUGCGAAGUCAAAGUCGAAUUUCUGGUUGUCAAAAGAAAAUGCUUCAGCAAGAAGGAAAAACUUACCAAUAAAUUGAAUUUGUACGUAUUUGUAUAGAAGAAUCUAUCGACACUUUAACCAUCGAAGAGCUGUAAGUUUUAACUGUUGUAAACAUCUAGGCUAAGUCAAGUUUGUAAAUACAUUCUGUGUAUAACUGAUAAAUGCAUCUGCGUAUAUGUUGUGCUAUUUGAGUAAAAGAAUUACACGAGUCAUGGAAUUUCUCA